GCUCCUGCCUCCCAGCGAUGGCGCCGCCGGGCCGCGCCCAGUCCUCAAUCGCUGGCCGGCUCUUGUCCACACUUGCUCGCUGAGACGGACGGUGCGGACCGGAGUUGGAUCCGAGGGAGCGACUGGACGGCCGGACGGACGCUCGCGACUGGGGGAGCAUGGGGGAGCGGCCAGCCCGGUGGGGCUGCUAGCGGGAUCAGCCGCGGCACCUGCUGAGGAGGAAAGAGGGAGCGGCCGGGCGCGGCGGAGGUGGCGACGGCUCGGCCAUGUCGCUGCUCUGUGUGCGCGUUAAAAGAGCUAAAUUCCAGGGUUCACCAGAUAAAUUUAAUACAUAUGUGACCCUGAAAGUUCAGAAUGUGAAGAGCACAACAGUAGCAGUGCGUGGGGAUCAGCCUUCCUGGGAACAAGAUUUUAUGUUUGAGAUUAAUCGCCUGGACUUGGGUCUAAGUGUGGAGGUAUGGAACAAGGGACUGAUCUGGGACACCAUGGUAGGAACCGUGUGGAUUGCAUUGAAGACUAUUCGUCAAUCUGAUGAGGAAGGGCCUGGAGAGUGGUCUACUUUGGAGUCAGAGAUAUUAAUGAAAGAUGAUGAGAUCUGUGGAACUAAAAAUCCAACUCCCCAUAAAAUUUUGCUUGAUACAAGAUUUGAGCUGCCUUUUGAUAUUCCAGAGGAGGAAGCCAGAUAUUGGACCUACAAAUUGGAGCAAAUCAAUGCUUUGGGAACAGACAAUGAGUAUUCUAUUCAAGAAGAAAACCAGAGGAAGCCAUUGCCCACUGCUGCCACCCAGUGUUCUUUUGAAGAUGCUGAUAGUGCUGUUGAUGACCGAGAUAGUGACUAUCGCAGUGAGACCAGCAAUAGCAUCCCUCCUCCUUAUUAUACAACAUCCCAGCCCAAUGCUUCCGUGCACCAGUUUCCUGUGCCUGUGCGAUUCCCACAGCAGCUGCUGCUUCAAGGCAGUUCCCGAGACUCUUGCAAUGACUCUAUGCAGAGUUAUGAUAUUGAUUUCCCAGAGCGGCAAGCCCUCAGCCCCACCUGCAGUAGUAGGUAUGGCUCCUCCUGUAAUGUGAGUCAAGGAAGCUCUCAGCUGAGUGAACUAGACCAUUGUCCUGAACACGAUGACUGUCGGGAGAGGGACUCAAUUCAUUCUUGUCACAGCUCUGGCAGUUUCUCCAGAGAUGGGCAAGUUGGUUUCGGAGAACAUGAGAAAGACUGGGAAGGGAUAAGUGAAGCCAAAAGGGAAACAACAUGUGAAACAAAGGAGAUGAAAGAAAGUACAACAAUCCAUCAUCCUCCAGAUCUGGUGCUACACAAAGACCAUGCCUUAAGCUCCCAGGAGAGUUUUCCAGAGGAGAAUGCAUCUUCACCAUUUACCCAAGCCAGAGUGCACUGGAUCCGAGCAGUCACCAAGGUUCGAUUACAGCUACAGGAGAUUCCAGAUGAUGGAGAUCCUUCCCUGCCCCAGUGGCUUCCAGAGGGCCCAGCUGGAGGGCUCUAUGGCAUUGACAGCAUGCCAGAUCUACGCAGAAAGAAACCACUGCCACUUGUCAGUGAUCUGUCUCUGGUCCAGUCUCGGAAAGCAGGCAUUACUUCUGCAAUGGCUACACGUACUUCUCUCAAGGAUGAAGAACUGAAAUCUCAUGUGUAUAAGAAAACCCUGCAGGCCUUAAUAUAUCCUAUUUCGUGCACUACACCCCACAACUUUGAGGUUUGGACAGCCACAACCCCAACCUACUGCUAUGAAUGCGAAGGCCUGCUCUGGGGCAUUGCCCGGCAGGGCAUGCGCUGCAGUGAGUGUGGAGUCAAGUGCCACGAGAAGUGCCAGGACCUGCUCAAUGCCGACUGCCUACAACGGGCUGCUGAGAAGAGCUGUAAACAUGGAGCUGAGGACCGGACUCAGAAUAUUAUCAUGGCUAUGAAGGAUCGCAUGAAGAUCCGUGAAAGGAAUAAGCCAGAAAUAUUUGAAGUUAUCCGGGAUGUGUUCACCAUGAGCAAAGUUGCCCAUGUGCAACAGAUGAAAACAGUGAAGCAGAGUGUCCUGGAUGGUACCUCUAAAUGGUCAGCCAAGAUUACCAUCACUGUGGUGUGUGCCCAGGGUCUUCAAGCCAAGGAUAAGACAGGAUCCAGUGACCCAUAUGUGACUGUGCAAGUGGGCAAGACCAAGAAGCGUACCAAGACCAUUUUUGGGAAUUUAAAUCCUAUUUGGGAGGAGAAGUUCCAUUUUGAGUGCCACAAUUCUUCUGACCGCAUUAAGGUGCGUGUAUGGGAUGAGGAUGAUGACAUCAAGUCAAGAGUGAAACAGCGACUAAAACGAGAGUCUGAUGAUUUCCUUGGCCAAACCAUCAUUGAGGUUCGAACUCUAAGCGGCGAGAUGGAUGUCUGGUAUAACUUGGAGAAGAGGACAGACAAAUCAGCCGUCUCAGGGGCUAUCCGACUACAGAUCAGUGUGGAAAUCAAGGGAGAAGAAAAAGUAGCCCCAUAUCACAUGCAGUAUACAUGUCUUCAUGAGAACCUUUUCCAUUACCUCACUGACAUUCAGGGCAGUGGAGGAGUUCGGAUCCCUGAGGCUAGAGGAGAUGAUGCAUGGAAGGUGUAUUUUGAUGAGACUGCCCAAGAAAUUGUGGAUGAAUUUGCCAUGCGCUAUGGCAUUGAGUCCAUAUAUCAGGCUAUGACGCACUUUGCAUGCUUGUCAUCUAAGUAUAUGUGUCCUGGCGUGCCAGCAGUGAUGAGCACCUUACUGGCCAACAUCAAUGCUUACUAUGCUCACACAACUGCUUCCACCAAUGUCUCUGCUUCUGAUCGCUUUGCAGCCUCCAAUUUUGGGAAAGAGAGAUUUGUAAAACUUCUGGACCAGCUGCACAACUCACUGAGAAUUGACCUCUCCACAUACAGGAAUAAUUUCCCUGCUGGGAGCCCUGAGCGACUUCAGGAUUUAAAGUCAACAGUGGAUUUGCUGACUAGCAUUACUUUUUUCAGAAUGAAGGUACAAGAAUUGCAGAGCCCUCCAAGAGCCAGCCAAGUGGUAAAAGAUUGUGUAAAGGCCUGUUUGAACUCCACAUAUGAAUAUAUAUUCAACAACUGCCAUGAUUUAUACAACCGCCAGUACCAACUGAAACAGGAGCUACCUCCAGAGGAACAAGGGCCCAGCAUUAGGAACUUGGAGUUUUGGCCCAAACUCAUCACAAUUAUUGUAUCAAUUAUUGAAGAGGAUAAGAAUUCCUAUACACUUGUUCUGAACCAGUUUCCUCAGGAGCUGAAUGUGGGAAAAGUCAGCGCAGAAGUAAUGUGGCAACUCUUUGCCCAAGAUAUGAAAUAUGCACUGGAGGAGCAUGAGAAAAAUCGACUGUGUAAGAGUGCUGACUACAUGAACCUUCACUUCAAAGUGAAAUGGCUACACAAUGAAUAUGUGCGGGAUCUUCCUGCCCUCCAUGGACUUGUGCCUGAGUACCCAGCAUGGUUUGAACAGUUUGUUCUACAAUGGCUGGAUGAGAAUGAAGAUGUGUCCUUGGAAUUCUUGCAUGGGGCCCUAGAACGAGACAAGAAGGAUGGGUUCCAGCAGACAUCAGAGCAUGCACUCUUUUCCUGCUCUGUGGUGGAUGUCUUCACACAGCUCAAUCAAAGCUUUGAGAUUAUCCGGAAGCUGGAAUGCCCAGACCCUAACAUCCUUUCUCACUACAUGAGGAGAUUUUCUAAGACCAUUAGGAAAGUGCUAAUACAGUAUGCAAACAUCUUAUCAAAGGACUUUCCAGCUUAUUGCAAAAAGGAGAAAAUGCCCUGCAUCCUGAUGAACAACAUGCAACAACUCAGAGUCCAGCUGGAGAAAAUGUUUGAGGCCAUGGGAGGCAAGGAGCUGGACCCUGAAGCUUCAGACAGUUUGAAGGAUCUGCAGGUGAAACUGAAUACAGUUCUGGAUGAGCUCAGCAUGAUGUUUGGAAACAGUUUUCAGGUACGGAUUAAAGAGUGCGUUCGACAAAUGGCUGACAUCCUGGGCCAGGUACGUGGCACAGGAAAUGCAUCUCCCAACGCCAGGAUUUCCGUGGCGCAAGAUGCAGAUGCAGUACUCCGACCGCUCAUGGACUUCUUGGAUGGCAACCUUACACUCUUUGCCACUGUGUGUGAAAAGACGGUCCUAAAGCGUGUACUGAAAGAGCUCUGGCGGGUAGUAAUGAACACAAUGGAAAGGAUGAUUGUUUUGCCUCCACUCACUGACCAUACGGGCACUCAGUUGAUCUUCACUGCUGCUAAAGAGCUGAGUCAUCUUUCCAAACUCAAGGACCACAUGGUGCGAGAGGAAACAAGAAGUCUCACUCCAAAGCAGUGUGGUGUCCUUGACCUUGCCUUAGAUACCAUCAAGCAAUACUUUCAUGCAGGAGGCAAUGGACUGAAGAAAACCUUCCUGGAGAAGAGUCCAGAUAUGCAAUCCCUACGUUAUGCCCUGUCUCUCUAUACACAGACCACAGAUACACUCAUUAAGACCUUUGUGCGCUCUCAGAUUGCCCAGGUGCAUGAUGGGAAAGGUAUUAGGUUUACUGCUAAUGAGGACAUUCGACCGGAAAAGGGUUCUGGUGUUGAUGAUCCUGUGGGAGAAAUCUCUAUUCAAGUGGAUUUGUUUACACAUCCUGGGACUGGAGAACACAAGGUUACAGUAAAAGUGGUGGCUGCCAAUGACCUCAAGUGGCAGACAGCAGGUAUGUUCCGGCCCUUUGUGGAGGUGACUAUGGUUGGUCCACACCAAAGUGAUAAGAAGAGAAAGUUCACAACCAAAUCAAAAAGCAACAACUGGGCCCCCAAGUACAAUGAGACAUUUCAUUUCCUCCUGGGAAACGAAGAGGGGCCAGAGGCCUAUGAGCUGCAAAUAUGUGUGAAGGAUUACUGUUUUGCCCGAGAAGAUCAUGUUCUGGGACUGGCUGUGAUGCCUCUGAGGGAUGUGGCAGCCAAAGGUAGCUGUGCCUGCUGGUGCCCCUUGGGCAAGAAGAUACACAUGGAUGAGACAGGCAUGACCAUUCUUCGGAUUCUAUCUCAGAGAAGCAACGAUGAAGUGGCCCGAGAAUUUGUUAAGCUCAAAUCAGAGUCUCGUUCCACUGAGGAGGGGAGCUGAGAACCUUGACUUCUAUGCCAAUCAGAUGGCAACAUUUAUACAAAACAGGGCCAAUGGGAGUUACAAUGUCGCCAACAUAGGCCCUUCCUGGUUAAGAGAUUGGCUUCAUUUUCUUAAAAAUUUUGGAGUGGUGAGAAUAUGCCUCUUCAUAGAAAAAAAAUGGUUAUAUAUCUUUGACCAGCAGGUCUUUGGUGCUAGGAGCUGGACUGUGGCAAUUACCAAAAAGGCAAAAAAGAAGAAUUUUUUUCAGAAUGAGAGAGAGACACAUAUUUGAGAGUCAGCUAUUUUUGGCCAAAACACCAUUACCCCAUCUCUAUCCCUCUCCAGACCAAUUAGUCACAUACAUACAAAUUAUAGAAAGAAGUUCAGAGUAGCUUAUACCCAGUAGUUAGUUGAGUAUGUGGGUAUCCCUGGACCUAGGAUUAGGAUUGGAAUAUGACUGAAGCAGGAAGCACACAAAACAAUUUAGACUGCCCCUUUUAGUAGAAGCUAAUAGUUUUGUGAGGCUCCAGUAAGAACAAUGUUUUGAAACUGAACAAUAUAACUUCCAGAAAUGGUCUGUGUUAAUCCCUGUUCCAUAGAACCAGGUUCACAUGGUGCUUCAGAGCUCUGAGCAGAAUAUUCUUUGGGGACCCAGCACCAGGGACCACCUGCCCAGGAGUUUCCCUACCUCACUCCUGUAAGAAGGUGAAUGAUGCUUUAGAACAUAUGGGGCUAUAUAUUUGUGUAUACACCUGAGGGCUACUUUAAAGAUUCAGGGGAGAGGACUGUAUUUUCUUUAUGCAUUGGUCCUGAACAAAAUUAGUGGAAACCAGGCUAGAAAGAGUCCUCCUGUAAUCACUGCAUUCUGAAUGUCCUCCCAUUUUGGCAUCACUUCUCUUCAUCUAGAUUAGCUGCUAUUUCCUUCAUAUAUAUUCACCCUGACAGAAGGGGCUUGGACUAUGAUCCUUUUGUACAGGAUGAAUUGAGGAGGCCUCAAUACUCCCUUGGAUAUCAGAAAAACUCCAGGAGUCUUAUGAACUUCACAGAUUAAUGCUCAAAGAUAUGACAUGGUCAUUGGAUAUCUUCAGUAGCAGCCUCCUAAAAAUCCUAAGAACUGCAGAGUUCUAUAAUGCUCACAAUUAUAAAGGACAUUACAUUAAAUGAUAAAUUAAGCAUCUUUACUGUUAUUAAUUAUAUGUGCCAUUGUUACAGGAGGUUUUUGUAGUAAAUAAUAAAUUAUCUUAUAACAGCC